AUGAAUAAAAAUAAUAAAUCUUUUAAUAAUGAAGAAUCAGUAUCACCAGAAUUAACAGGAUCAGUGAUGUUUGAUUCUACAGAUUGGAUUAAAUUAAAAACUUUACAAUUAUUUUCAAUUAUAGAUUCAUUCAAGAUUAGUUUAUUUCUAGAUGAACAAGUUACUCUAGUGAUUGAUAGACAAAUUAGUGGACCAUUUAGUUUAAUAUUUACAUUACAACAAUUAAAUGAAAGAGGAAUUCAUAACUUAACAUAUUUUGAAGAUUUAAAAGUUACCGAUAAAACUAAAUCAAUUAUUUUCCUUUGUAGGCCACGUUUAGAAUUAAUUCAAAAGAUUUCACAAUUUAUACAACAACAAAAACAAAACUCUUUAAAAUAUCAUUUAAUUGCAAUACCAAAUUUAGAUGCUUCUUCAAAUUAUUUAUUAGAAUCUGAAGGUUUAUUAGAUUAUUUAAAAAUUGAAUCAUAUGAUUUUGGAUUUAUACCAUAUGAUAAUGAUUUAUUUUCAAUGGAAAUUGGUGAUUUUUAUUCAAGAUGUUUUGUAGAGAAUGAUAAUUAUCAAUUAAAUUCAAUUGGUAAAAGUUUUAUAAAAUUACAACAACUCUAUGGACCAUUUAAAACUAUAGUUGGUAAAGGUAGUAAAUCUUUAAUAAUUUCAGAACAUAUUCAACAACUUCAAACCUUAAUACCACCAAUUGAACAAAGUAAAUUGAAAACAUUGAUUCUUAUUGAUCGUACAGUCGAUUUAAUACCAUUACUAUGUACACAACAAACCUAUCAAGGCUUAAUUGAUGAAGAAAUUAAAAUUUCAAAUAGUCAAUCAAUUAUCAUUGAAAAGGAUAUUGAAAUUAGGGAACAAGUGUUAGUAAGUCCACCAACUCAAGAACCAAAGAAAUUUGAAGAACGUGUUGUUAGAAUUGAAAAAGAAAAGAAAAAGUUACCAUUAUCACCAUUUUCAGAUUUAUUCUAUCAACAAGUUAAAGAUUUAUCAUUUUCAAGUGUACCAACGAUGUUAUAUUUAAAUGCACAAUCAAUUUCCAAUGGUAUGAAUGAAUUAAAGAAAUCCAAUAGUCAACUAUUAUCUCUACCUGAAAUUAAGAAACUUUUAUCAAAAAUACCAGAUGUAAAUAAAAAACAACAACUUUUAGAACUUCAUACUGAAAUUGUUCAAGAAUUAUUAAAACGUGUAAAUUCUGAUGACUUUCAUCAAAAAAUAUCCAUAGAGUUUGAAAUGUUAUUUCAAAUGUCAAAUAAUUUUAUUGGUAGUAAUGGUAAUACUGCUUCAUCAGUUUUAGACUUUAUUGAGAAUUUAAUCAUUAGAAAGAAACCAAUGUAUCAAGUUUUACGUUUACUAUCAAUUUGUUGUUUAACCGUUGGUAUUAAAGAUCAAAAACAAUAUGAAAAUAUUUUAAAAUCAUUUAUUCAUGUUUAUGGUAUUCAAGAAAUGACAACUUUAAUGAGAUUAGAAAAAGCUGGUUUACUUGGAAAUAAUAAUAAUAAUAAUAAUUUAAAAUUUAAAUUAUCUUCACAAUUAUUUAAAAAUUUUAAUUUAAUAAUUGACAAUAAUGAAAAUAGUAGUAGUAGUGGUAAAGAAAAUGAUAAUGAUAAAUUAAAAGAAUAUGAUCAAGUUUAUCAAGGUUAUAUACCUUUAAUUACAAGAAUCAUUGAAGAAGGUCAAAAAAAUAAACAACAAGGUUGGUUCAAUAAAAGUUUAGAAUCAAAAUUAAAUUGUAUCGAUCAACCAUUUUUCAUUAAAGAAUUACAAACUACCUCAAAUUAUGAUAUAAACUCUUUCACUAUGGUAAUGUUUGUUGGUGGUGUUUCAUUUGCUGAAAUCUCUUCUUUAAGAACUUUAAAAAAGAAAUAUGGUAGGGGAAGUGGAUAUGAUUUCAUUUUUGGUACAACCUCUUUAAUUAAUGGUGAUAAUUUUUUAAAAAAUUUAUAA